AUGGUUUCAAAUAAGCCUGUCGCUCUAAUUGUUGGCGCAUCCAGAGGUAUCGGUCGCCAAGUCGCCAUCGACAUCGCAUCUAAUGGUUACGCCGUCGUUGUCGCGGCAAAAACUGCCAGUGACCCUUCAAAUCUGCCAUCACCCUUUCCGCCAAAUCCAAAUUCAUCUGCCUCGACAAUCACAACCGUCGCUCAUGAAAUCACUUUAGCAGGAGGUGAUGCUACAGCUAUUCAAGUAGACGUUCGCUAUCCCGAGAGUAUAGACUCGUUGAUCUCGCAAACCAUUUCUACCUACGGCCGUCUCGAUGUCCUCGUCUACAACUCAGGUGCUAUAUUCUGGGCUCCAGUCUCAUCAACGCCUGUUAAACGCUUCCAGCUCAUGCAGCGUGUUAACCCAGAGGGACUAUAUGCAACCAUUCAAGCUUCUCUGCCCCAUCUUUCCUCUGCAGGCCGUAUCGUGGUUGUCAGUCCACCCAUCUACAGCCGUUUCUUCCGUGGUAAAGCAGCUUAUGCCAUGGGCAAAGUUGCUAUGAGCGUCCUUACAAAAGGUCUUGCGAUAGACUUUGAGCGUGAAGGGAAGAACGAUAUGGCUAUUACUUCUAUAUGGCCAGCUGUGGCUAUUGAGUCUGCUGCUACAGAUCAGUUCACUCGCAAGAACCCAGAAGAAGCUAACGACCUCCGAAAAGCAACCAUCUUCUCUGACGCCAUCCUCGCCAUCCUCAAAGCCUCUCCAUCCGUGGUCAACGGCGAACUGUUACUAGAUGAAGAUUUCCUACGUGAACAUGCAGGUGUGACAGAGUUUUCCAAAUAUAACGUCGUCCCAGGCGCUAGACCACGCAGAAUCAUGCCCAAAUCUCUUCCAGACUUGACAGUAGCAGAGCAGGCAGACGAGGGCAAAAGGUACGACAGCACAAAGAAUAGAGCCAAACUGUAG